AUGGCUGUCGUAUUACAUAGAAAUGAAUUUAGUUUGGAAGAAAAUAGUGUAUCAGUAACGGUACCAAACAACGAUGUGGCACGGCUGAUGUACUAUCUGAAUUGUGUGUGUACAGCUAUCGACUGUAAUCGCGAUCCAGACAUUCAACGCUUCACGAAUUACAGAAGCUGGUACUCUUUGUCGAUCAGUGAACAAAAGGAACUUCUCGUGGUGUGCUACACUUUUAGUCCCGACGUCUUCGAUGACCGUGUUUUCUUCCAUAGUGAUGCGUUAUGCCAAGGUAGCAGUAAUAAAUUUUACAAAGUGAACCAAGUUCGUCAGCAUCUGCUAGCAGCCGAAUCGAUUGUCAUCGCCGGACAAGUUCGUGAGGUUCAUCAAAUCAUGACCUAUACAAUGGAAUGGAUGAAAAGAAAUUAUUUUGAUCCUAUGCAACGACUUGCACAGUCGCUCAGUAAUCCACGUCCCGCGAUUACGGGAUCAGUGUAUACACCGCGUGUUGUACAUCAGCCGAUAAGGAGUAGCAGCUCCAGCAAGUGCAACGGUACUUGUGUCUGUGUUGUGCUUUACUGUCUUCUAUGCGUGGUUCCCGGAAUUAUUGGAGCGAUUAUCGGUAUUAUUAAUGCUGCUAACUCGUAG